CCGCGCUCACCACCCACACGCCUCCCCGCAGGUGUCCGUGUCCUCGCGCCGGCCAUGGUGGACGUGCUGGGCGGGCGGCGCCUAGUGACCCGCGACGGCGCGUGGGUGGAGGCCGAGGCGGCGCUGCAGAACAAGGUGGUGGCGCUGUACUUCGCCGCGGGCCGGUGCGGGCCCAGCCGCGACUUCACGCCGCUGCUCUGCGACUUCUACGCGGAGCUGGUGGGCGAGGCGCGGCCGCCCGCGCCCUUCGAGGUGGUCUUCGUGUCGGCCGACGGCAGCGCGCGGGAGAUGCGGGCCUUCAUGCGCGAGCUGCACGGCGCCUGGCUGGCUCUGCCCUUCCACGACCCCUACCGGCACGAGCUGAGGACCAGGUACCAUGUCGCGGUCACCCCCAGGCUCGUGGUCCUGAAGCCGAGCGGGGAGGUCAUCACCGACAAAGGGCGGAAGCAGAUCCGCGAGCGGGGGCUGGCCUGUUUCCAGAACUGGGUGGAGGCGGCCGACGUCUUCCAGCAUUUCUCCGGCUGAGCUGGGGGACCUCCGGGGACCUGGCCAGGUGCUCGUCGCACGGGCUGCUGCAGCGGGCUGGCGAGGGAAGAGGAGCGUGCCCGGGCUCCCUCUGCCGGCGCCGGUGCAGUUCUUUUCCCAGCACAAGCCCUUCGCUCUGGCGGGAGGAAAAUGCCGCUCAGGGCGGCGCGCCGGCCCUGAGCCUUGUCGGUGGUCAUCUUUAUUAUCCUGAGCGUAGCUUUCUGCACGUGAGCUUAAGUGUGUUCAUACUGAGCUGUUGGAAAUCUAUGCAAAACAUGUAUUUAUACAGGCCCUUCAGGUAAAAUAAUAGAGUUUCUAACACAUUUUUCUGGAGAUCUCUUUAUUUUAAUGAUGUGCUUUCGCAAAUACAUUUAUUACUAAAGUUUGCAGAAUCUCUGUCCUUUAAUAAACAAGCCUGUUUCC